AUGUUAAAUAUUGUUAGAAAUGCUAGUGAUUUAUAUGAAUUUUCAGAUCAAUAUAUAUAUAAUAUUAGUAAAAUACAAGAACAAAAAGAAUAUCAACAUACAGCAAAUAUAGCAAAGAAUGAAGCUCAAAAUCAGACCCAUGCUCAAAAAAUAAUAAAUCAAAAAGCAUAUCUUAGUAGCUUUGAUUUUGGACAA